AUGUCAGGCCAAGUGACAGAACAAACGGUCACCACGAAGCGGCAGCACGAGAUGAGAAUGGCGAAAUAUCGUGAUUGUUUGGCGCAAAAUCUAAAGAACUGGGAAAAACGAAAGAGAGUCUCUAGAAAAAAGAGAGUCAACACUAGCCAACUGGAAACUAUGGGUCCAUCUACAUCGGCACAGAACGCAGAAUCCAAUUCUGAAGAAAACUGGUUUUGUAAGUUAUGUGAUUUCAAGGCUGAUACGCGUCAGUGUAUCAUAUGCUUCAUCUGGGUCCACGAAGAUUCUGUAGGGCUACCGCCGAAGACGAGGAUGAAUUUUUUGGUGGACACCCUGCCCAUCCCAAAGAUGAUGAGAACCGUCGUCCAGGACGCAAUGAGUAAGUGGAACCUCCAACUGUUCCCCCCUGGUGAGGCGCCGAUCCAGAUACCCGUCCGAAGAGGUGUUUACCAGGGCGACUCCCUGAGCCCGAUGCUAUUCGUCCUGGUGACGGCUUCCAUUAUCAAACGGAUAAAGGAGGACCCCCAAAUCGCCCGCCUGUCACUGGGAAAACACCUGAUAGUGGCCUACAUGGACGACAUCAAGUGCCACGCCCCCAACAACAGGUCCACCCGGGCGAUCAUGGCGAUGCUGGAAGAGAGCGCGCGCGCCCUCGGUCUGGAACUGAACCUGGGAAAAUGUGGCCAUUACUGUAGGUUGCAAAAGGCCGACGAGGAAGGCGGAGACGACGACGACCUCAUCCCCGCAGUCAAGAAUGGCUACAAGUACUUGGGACUAAUCCAGACGGAGCGCGACUCUCCUGAGAACUUCAACAUCCUCGAGGAGAAGAUUCUGGCAAAGGCGGAGGAGAUCCUGAGCUCCAACCUCACGACGGCGCAGAAGAGACGGAUCUUUAACAGCUGCGUCAUUCCAGCGGCGGUGUACGUUACAGGAAACAUCAUGCCCAACAGCAGUGUUCAGGGAACGUUGCGGGCAUGUCGCGCGCUGGACCUGAAGAUCCGGAAACACAUGGUAGCUGAGAACAUCAAGACGCUGCCGACCUCCAACCAACGUGCCUACCUGCCGCACUCCAUCGGCGGUCUUGGUUUUCGGUCCAUUGAGACCGAGACAGAAAUACAGUACGCGAGGAGAUAUGCGUACUUAACGUGCCAUCCAGAGCUCACGGACAUCCUUGAGCAGUACAAGACCCUGGACGCAGCAAGGUGCCGCACACCGCUCAGCGACUUCCGGCACAUUGCCGAGAAGUACAACCUGGAGAUCCCCGUGGAAGAGAACUGGCGAGACCUAGCGACGCGGCUGGUGGAAGGCAUCAGGGCGGCCAACCUGGAGGUCAGGAUGCAAGACUGGGGGAAGGCCCUCCAAUACCCAAGACUGGUUCUCAGAGAGCGGGAUUCCAUCUCCUUCCCAGCGGCUGAGUACUUCCGCACCAACUCAUCAAAGCUAUCGAUGAUCAACGCCGCGGCAGAAGAGCAGAUCACCCAAUUCCGUGCCACCCCCGGGAGGAGGCUGGCCGAAGACCGACGCUGCAGGCGGGGCUGUCCGGCGGAAGAGACUGCAUACCACGUGGUCACGUCCUGCAGGACGACGUCGUACACCACACGUCACGACCAGGCGGUGUACUGGCUGCUGCGCACCCUAUUGGAGGCGCUUAGCGCCCCCGACGAGGUGAGGCGCAGACUACAGUUCGGAAGGGCGAUGCUGAACGCGGAGUUCGACGCGCCGCUGGGCCCGGUGAGAAUCCGCGCGGGUCAGGCGAUCCUCACUGGUGUACCUCUGCACCAUAACAAGCCAGAUGUUAUGGUACAGGUGCUAGCCCGGGUGCCCUCAACCUACAUCUUCGAGGUCUCCAUCCCCCACCUGCAGAAUUAUCGCACACAAGAGGGGAUAAAACGGACGAAGUACGGGCGCAACUCGGUGGCAGAGAAACUACCAGACCAUCGGACGGGAUCUCAACCUUGGGUUGGCUAUGGGGAAGUACUGGACACCGACGAACGACGGCGCUUCGCAAGGCUGCCGGGCUCCCUAGGAGUGAAGGACUGCGAGGUGAAGGCGCUGUACCAGAAGGCGGCAUACAGUGUCAUCACUGAGACAACGAAGAUCUUGUGCCGCCACAUGGGAAGAUGA